GUUGACUUGGCCACGUCCCCAGGCCACGUCGCUUUUUACUCGCCAUUUUCCUGUCUUCCGAAGUCGGUAUCGAUCUGUUCUAGUGUCAUUGUGUCAUUCAUAGCCGUCAUAUCAUAACCUGACGUUAACCGGAGACCUGUUAAGCUAUUUAGAGUAUCUUAAAUCGGUCUGUUUUUGCUGGGGUUGCGCUCCAACAUGAACAUCUUUCGGCUAACCGGCGAUCUCUCCCACCUAGCAGCCAUCAUCAUCCUGCUGCUAAAAAUAUGGAAAACCAGGUCUUGUGCCGGCAUCUCUGGAAAGAGUCAGCUCCUGUUUGCGCUGGUGUUCACCACACGCUACUUGGACCUGCUCACCUCCUUCAUCUCUCUCUACAACACCACGAUGAAGAUUAUCUACAUUGGUUGUGCAUAUGCCACAGUGUACUUGAUUUACGUUAAGUUCAAGGCAACUUAUGAUGGAAACCACGACACAUUCAGAGUGGAGUUUCUGGUUAUCCCUGUCGGUGGCCUGGCGUUCUUGGUUAACCACGACUUCUCACCGCUGGAGAUACUGUGGACAUUCUCCAUCUAUUUGGAGUCUGUGGCCAUCUUGCCCCAGCUUUUCAUGAUCAGCAAGACGGGUGAGGCUGAGACCAUCACCACCCAUUACUUGUUCUUCCUGGGACUGUACAGGGCCCUCUAUCUCAUCAACUGGAUAUGGAGGUUUUACUUUGAGGGAUUCUUUGACAUGAUUGCCAUUGUUGCUGGAGUGGUGCAGACCAUCCUCUACUGUGACUUCUUCUAUUUGUAUGUAACAAAAGUACUGAAAGGGAAGAAGCUGAGCCUGCCAGCUUAAGUGCCAAGGAGGAGUGUUUUGGCAGACUCAAGGCAGGGGGAUCGGAGGGGAGGAGGAGUGGUAGUGUACGCCUGACACCCCCACUAUCACACUCUGCACCACCGUUUACCUCCUCUUCCCCUCCCGCCAGUGUAAGAUGCCUGAGACAGAGAGCAAGCAGGAGCCGCUGCCUGCACCAUGGAAUCAAACCAUCUGCAGAUGCUGAUCCAUGGCCUUUGGAUUUCUGUUUGAUGCAUCUUGCCUUAACUUUUUUAUUACUCUGUAUAAAGGAAGGAGGAAAAAAGCGAGAAAAGUUUUAUACAUAAAAAUAUGUACUCAGAAGAUUCGACACUUUGGUGAAUAAGAGCUGAAGAUGUAAAAUUGCCUGUGAUUUGGCAUUGUGUGAUACUGAAGUGGACUUCUUGUAGUGGGAUAUUAUUGACUCAAGCCUUUGUAAUAGUAUUUGCAAUGGAAAUAAUGUGUAUUGUUUUGUGGGGAGAAAUGUUUUAAAUCCUCAUAACUUUGUUGGACACGUCAUGUAAUGUUUUGCAAUUUUGUUUUGAUCAGCAUUCCUGUGUAUAAAGGCAAUUUCUAAUUUUUCCAAAUCCCCUAGGUAGAAUUUAAAUGCCACAUUAAUGCCAUAAUUUUUUUUAUACUUUCAAUUCUAAGGGGAACUCAGAUCUAACUUGAGUUAUUAUUUCUGGGUCAUAAAUUGACAGUUUCUACUGUGUUACUAACCAUUUUAAACGCACUGUCUUUUAGGACAUGAUCAGCACAAAAUGAAAGCAAUUGAUUAAAGGGGAGUCAACUAACAUCUAUCACUGUAAAUUGCUUUCCUCAUUUGAAUGCCCAUCAAGGAUGCUUAAUAGUUAUAUACCUACUAUAUAACUAACUCAAAUAUUUUUCUUUGCUGCGCCCAUUUGUUUUUGGAUGGCUGCUUUAAAUUUGAGACCAGCAUAAUUUCACUGGUAGUGUGCUGUCUGUGAACUAUCACUACAGGAAUAUGUUUUUUUUUUGUUGUAGAUGUAUUUAUUUUUAAUCUUCCUUCUGAUUUCCAAUAAACAGAGUCUGUAGAAUUGACUGUUGUGCUUAUCUUCAAACAUAGAAAUGAGUCUUUUUGUUAAACUAGAGAGUGAGAACCACAAUUUUACAAACACUGUCAUGUUAAAUCUGAAAUGUUUUUUUGCUGGUCAUUCAAAGGCAAAGAUUUAAUUUUGGUUUGAAGCAUUUGCAUGAUGUUGCUACCACAAAUAAAGAGUUUUUGACAAA